AUGGCAUCAUUAGGUAGUAAACCAAAAGGAAUACUUAAAAAACCAUCAGUUAAUUUUCAAUCAAAACAACCAAGAUUAACAUGGGAUGAAGAUAAUAUUCAAUUGACUGAAGGACAAAAAGAUUCUACAAUGAAAAUCACUGAACCAAAGACACCUUAUAUUCAUUACAAUCAAGAAACCGAUGAAAUAAUGACAGAUCUCGAAAGUUUAGGUUUAGCAUUAGGAGGAACAAACAGUUUAGGAGGAGAGGGAAGAAGGUCGUCAUCUAACAGUAUUUCACCUGAUGGGUCACUCUUUUCCACGUCUCCCUCAUCUGCGCAUUUCCCAGAUUCAAUUAAAGGUGAAUGGGAUUCUGAUACAGAGGAAGAUGAAGAAGGUAUUAUUAAUCAUCUAUCUAUUCUUACAAGAACGGAAUAUUUAUGA